AUGGAGAGCUUCAGAUUCCUUCAUGUCCUGACCCUUCUCCUUUUCAUCAACCUUCUCCAACCUAUCACUGUUGUAAGUUCACUUGGCAAUGAAACCGAUCACUUGGCCUUGCUCAAAUUCAAAGAAUCCAUAGUCGCCGAUCCACACGGGUUCUUGAACUCAUGGAAUGACUCCGUUCACUUCUGCAAAUGGGGAGGAAUUACUUGCGGCAGACGGCAUCAGAGAGUAACAGCCUUGAAACUACUACAUCUUGAGUUGCAUGGAACGAUAUCACCCUACAUCGGCAACCUCUCCUUUCUCAGGACCUUCAGCCUUCUCAACAACAGCUUCUCUGGCAAGAUUCCGCAACAAGUUGAUCAUCUGUUCCGACUGCGAGAUCUCACUCUAAGUUACAAUACGUUGGAGGGGGAAAUUCCUGUCAACCUGACCUUCUGUCGGGAACUAAGGAUCAUAAACAGUGCAUCAAACCGCCUUACGGGUAAAAUUCCUUCAGAGAUUGGCUCGUUGAUGAAGCUUGUUUUUCUCAAUCUUCAGAUUAACAAUCUGACAGGAGGCAUCCCACCUUCAUUGGGAAAUCUUUCAUCACUCACAACUCUUUCUUUGUCUGGUAAUAACUUGGUGGGCAAUGUUCCAGAGGAACUAGGCGUAUUGAAAAGUUUGUCUUUCUUUGGAAUUAGUCUCAAUAAUCUUCAUGGUAUGAUCCCUCCCUCCCUUUUUAACAUAUCAUCUAUGAACGUCUUCGUACUUACAUCGAAUAAGUUUGAGGGCAGUAUACCACCUAGUAUAGGCCUAAACAUGCCUAAUCUCCAAAAACUGUAUCUCAGUGAUAAUGAAUUCUCUGGACAAAUCCCAGCUUCAAUUUCCAAUGCUUCUCAGCUUCAGGAGCUUGAUCUCGGGGAAAAUAAUUUUGUUGGCCAAGUUCCGGCAAGUUUGGGAGUUCUUCCUAAUCUCCAGUUCCUUAGCUUAGAGUUCAAUAAGUUAGGAAGUAAUUCAUCUAAUGAUUUGGAAUUUAUAACAUCCUUGACCAAUUGCAGCAUUAUGGAAGUGCUUGCUCUGACUAGUAACAAUUUCGGUGGUGUUUUACCCAACUCCGUAGCCAAUUUCUCAACCCAACUGACUGGACUCUACCUUGGGAGCAAUCAAAUAGCAGGAACAAUUCCUGAAACAUUAGGACAUCUCAAAAAUUUAAUAUUAUUGGCCCUGGAUCAUAACUUGUUCACAGGUAACAUUCCAGCUUCUUUGGGAAAGUUAAGCAAGCUGCAAAUUUUAUCUUUAUCUACCAAUAGAUUAUCAGGUUGGAUCCCAUCUUCCUUAGGAAAUCCAGAAUUGCAGCUACCAGCAUGCACCAUAAAUGUCCCAAAGUUGAGACAAUUUCGUGGUUUCAAACUAAAGCUCACAAUUUCUUUAGUCGUUGGAUGCUCUCUUCUGUUUGCAUUCCUCUUAGUUUUUUAUUGGAGGAGGAACACUCUAAAGAAGGAACUAUUAUCUGAAGCGGAAUCAAUCAACUUCCUCUCAAAGGUUUCAUACCAGACACUUCAUCAAGUUACUGGCGGAUUCUCUCCGAGCAACCAAAUUGGAUCAGGCGGUUUUGGCUCUGUAUACAAAGGGAUUCUUGAUCAAGAAGAAAACAUCGUUGUUGCCAUAAAGGUCCUCAACCUUCAACAGAAAGGAGCUUCGAAGAGUUUCAUGGCUGAAUGCAACGCGCUGAGGAAUAUCCGGCACAGGAAUCUUGUGAAGAUCAUUACAUGUUGCUCCAGCACUGAUUACAGUGGUAAUGACUUCAAAGCUCUAGUAUUUGAGUAUAUGUCAAAUGCAAGCUUAGAAGGCUGGUUGUACAGAGAAAACCAACCAAGGAGUGGUUUGAACCUUCUUCAAAGACUCAAUAUUGUUGUUGAUGUGGCUUCUGCACUGUGGUAUCUUCAUGAUCACUGUGAACCACAAAUUAUUCACCGGGACUUGAAGCCAAGCAAUGUUCUUCUGGACGGUGACAUGGUUGCUCGUGUUGGUGAUUUUGGGUUAGCAAGACUCAUCCCACCGUCUACAGACUCUUCUGAAAAUCAAACUAGUACAGUUGGGAUAAAGGGAACCAUUGGCUAUGCUGCUCCAGAGUAUGCAGUUGGUGUUGAGCCGUCAACACAAGGGGAUGUAUACAGUUAUGGGAUACUUGUGCUGCAAUUGUUCACGGGAAGAAGACCCACUGAUGAAAUGUUUGUAGACGGUUGCAAUAUCCAUACUUUUGUUAAGACAUGCAUACAAGGAAGGCUUAUGGAAAGUGUAGAUCCUACUCUUAUUGCCACUCUAGAAGAAGAGACUACAAUUUCCACAACAAACAAUGAAGUGACUAGAAUCCAUGCUUUCAGCUAUGAUAUCGAAACUGGUGGAGACAACAUUGACAAUCAGAAUUCAAGCAGGAUGAACAAUUACGCGGGGAAGUGCAUACUUCCAAUCCUUAAGAUUGGACUUGCAUGCUCGGAAGAAUCACCAAGGAAUAGGAUGUCUAUGGAGGAAGUCCACAGAGACCUACACCGAAUCAAAGAUGCUUACAAUGGUAUCAGCAUCCGUCGUGAGAGGCCAAGAAGAAGCUAA